UGACUUCUGCACCAAUCACAAGGAGGUUUGUCUACACCCUCUAAUUCCAUUGGAUGAUGGUUGCCUUCGCAGUUCUCACCCAAACUGAAGAGUGCAGGAACGACGUGUCAGAGACAAAACUGACGCAACUUCAUUGCUUAUGCUAUUUUGCAAUCCCUUUUCAUUAUGGAAGCCAGCCCAGUUGACAGUUGUGAGCCGGGGAUGAGGAGGGAGACGGUGUGACACGGGUGACAAUAGGGAUAAGUGUUGCUGCUGCUGGAGUGAAUUAUCAGCCUAUCCAUUUGGUUCUUUUUUGGUGGGCACAUAAGCAGCUGAGCGGUCCCGAUGGCGACCUACCAGGAGUUCAUUCAGCAGCAGGAGGAGCGGGACGGCGUGCGUCUCACGUGGAACGUGUGGCCCAGCAGCCGACUGGAGGCCACCCGGCUGGUAGUGCCCGUCGCCGCGCUCUACACGCCGCUCAAGGAGAGGCCCGACCUCCAGCCGGUCCAGUAUGACCCGGUGGUGUGCACGCGGCCCCAGUGUCGCGCCAUCCUCAACCCGUGCUGCCAGGUCGACUACCGCGCCAAAAUCUGGGUCUGCAACUUCUGCUUCCAGCGCAACCAGUUUCCGCCGCAGUACGCGUCCAUCACGGAACAGCACCAGCCGGCAGAGCUGAUCCAGCAGUUCUCCACCAUCGAGUACACCAUCACGCGUGCCCAGUGCAUGCCGCCCAUCUUCCUGCUGGUGGUGGACACGUGUGUGGACGAGGACGAGCUCGGAGCCCUGAAGGAGUCGCUGCAGAUGUCGCUCAGUCUGAUGCCGCCCAACGCGCUGGUCGGACUCAUCACCUUCGGCAAGAUGGUGCAGGUGCACGAGCUCGGCUGCGACGGCUGCUCCAAGUCGUUCGUGUUCCGCGGCACCAAGGACAUGACUGCGCGCCAGGUGCAGGACAUGCUGGGCAUCGGCCGCGGCGGCGGCCAGCAGCAGCCGCAGCCGCGCGCUCCGCAGCCGCCCGGCGCCCCCGGUCAGCAGCCCGGCCAGCCGGCCGGGCCGCAGCAGCUCAAUAGGUUAGCCGGCAACCAGUUCCUGCAGCCGCUCCACAAGUGCGACAGUAACCUGACGGACCUGCUGGGGGAGCUGCAGCGCGACCCGUGGCCCGUGCCGCCGGCCAAGCGGCCGCUGCGCUCCACCGGCACGGCUCUCUCCGUGGCCGUCAGUCUGCUGGAGUGCACGUUCCCCAACUCUGGAGGCCGGAUCAUGCUGUUUGUGGGCGGCGCGUGCUCCCAGGGACCGGGCAUGGUGCUCAACGACGACCUCAAGAACCCCAUCCGCUCCCACAACGACAUCGAAAAGGACAACGCCAAGUACCUGAAGAAGGCGACCAAGCACUACGACGCGCUGGCAGCGCGCGCGGCGGCCAACGGCCACGCGGUGGACAUAUACAGCUGCGCGCUCGACCAGACCGGUCUGCUCGAGAUGAAGUCCUGCUGCAACCUCACCGGCGGUCACAUGGUGAUGGGCGACUCGUUCAACUCGUCACUCUUCAAGCAGACCUUCCAGCGGGUGUUCGCCAAGGACCAGCGCAACGAGUACAAGAUGGCCUUCAACGCCGUCGUCGAGGUGAAAACAUCGCGCGAAAUCAAAGUGUCGGGUUGCCUGGGCCCGUGCGUCUCGAUGAACAACAAGGCGGCCAACGUGGGCGAGACGGAGAUCGGCGUGGGCGGCACGUCCCAGUGGAAGUUCUGCUCGCUCACGCCAAACACCACGCCCGUCAUAGCGUUGGAGAUCGUCAACCAGCACGGGGCGCCGAUCCCGCAGGGCGGCCGCGGCUGCCUCCAGUUCAUUACGCAGUACCAGCACUCGAGCGGCCAGAAGCGCGUCCGAGUCACCACCAUCACCAGAAACUGGGCGGACGCCACCACGGGCAUGCCUCACAUCUCUGCCGGCUUCGACUCUGAGGCGGCGGCGGUGACCAUGGGUCGGAUGGCCGUCUGGCGAGCCGAGAGCGCCGAGGGACGCGACGUCCUGCGAUGGGUGGACCGUAUGCUGAUCCGUCUGGUGCAGAAGUUUGGCGAGUACAACAAGGACGACCCCAACAGCUUCCGUCUGUCGGAGAACUUCAGUCUGUACCCGCAGUUCAUGUUCCACCUGCGGCGAUCGCCGUUCCUGCAGGUCUUCAACAACUCGCCCGACGAGACCAGCUUCUACCGGCACAUGCUGAUGCGGGAGGACCUGACGCAGAGCCUGAUCAUGAUCCAGCCGAUCCUGUACAGCUACAGCUUCAACGGCCCGCCGGAGCCCGUUCUGCUGGACACCAGCAGCAUCCAGCCGGACCGCAUCCUGCUCAUGGACACCUUCUUCCAGAUCCUCAUCUUCCACGGAGAGACGAUCGCGCAGUGGCGUGCGGCCAAGUACCAGGACCUGCCCGAGUACGAGAACUUCAAACAGCUGCUGGAGGCGCCGGUGGAUGACGCGCAGGAGAUUCUGCAGACGCGCUUCCCGAUGCCGCGCUAUAUCGACACCGAGCAGGGACACUCGCAGGCGCGGUUCCUGCUGCACAAGGUGAACCCGUCGCAGACCCACAACAACAUGUACGCCUACGGCGGACAGGAGGGCGGGGCGCCGGUGCUCACGGACGACGUCAGUCUGCAGGUGUUCAUGGAACACCUCAAGAAGCUGGCCGUCUCGUCGCAGGCGUAGGCGGGCCGUGACGGUCAGGGGGAGGUCACGAACUCCCGGGCGGCGGCCUUGUGACCGACCGCCGGGCGGCCCGACACAGAGAGGACCGCCCCCAGCGUGUGACGUGCCGACGACGUGACCAUGUGAUGUUCUGUUCUUGGGGCGGGGAAACCCGACAGGUGAAUUGGCGUUUAUUAGUAGAUUUUAUCUCCUUUGGGCUAAUAAUAAUAUAAGUUGAUCAUGCAAUUCUGUGCCCACAUCGGAUGAAUACAUAUUGCUACACUACA